UUCGUUCGCCCCGUUGCACGUUUGCACACAUGCCAGCACUUAAUUUGCAGUUACCAAAGCGCCCAUUAGUACCUCAUGAAUGUUUUUCCCUUUAAAUCCAGUGCUAGUAUUAAUUGCAGCGGCCAUCUCUGGUUGCGGCUGCCAAGAAGCGCCAUGCUUCAACUCCCACCAAUGGAAGAUUUCAGGUUCUACGAAGAAGAAGGGUACUACUUCCGGGAUCUCAAGUUCCACAAUGACGAAUACUUUCAGGAUUUCAGUAUCGAGUACCUGCAAGAAGAAUCUCCUUUCUUCUCCACUCAGCAUCGUCUGUGCACUAGUACUGCUACUGCCACGCAAAGUUACUUCUGCCAAGACGAGCUUUACGCCCUCUUCCAAGGAGAUAUCCUGAGCUUGUGGGCUGCCUUGGAGGAAGAAGCCCCUUGCAAGAGCGAGAAGGAGCUGGAGCUGGAGCAGAAGCUUGGCCCUGACGCCGUGGAGAAGACACGCAUGAGCAAUGGACCACCAGAGCAGGAGAAGCCAUUGCUGACCUUCGAGCUCGUGUCGCAGCACUUCUGCGUGCCGAUCAAGCAGGCGGCGGCGGAGCUCAAGGUGGGGCUUACGCAGCUGAAGAGGAGGUGCAGGGAGCUGGGCAUCCCCCGGUGGCCGCACCGCAAGAUGAGGAGCCUGCAGACUCUCAUCGACAAUGUUCAGGAGCUAGGAAGGGGCACUGGGGAAGAUGGAGGGAUGACCAAGAUCGUGGUGGAGAUGCUGCAGCAGACGAAGAAGCUGAUGGAGGAGAGACCUGGGGAUGUUGAGCUGGAUCACACGACGAAGAUGCUGAGGCAGAAGUGCUUCAAGGAGAACUACAAGAGGAAAAGGCUCAUGGCACUUCAGGGGUGAUGGGGAUGCAUCAAGAAUUCAAGCUGUUCAUGGGAAUUUUGACUCUGGGUGUUUUGCAGGUUUGAUCAGAGGAACUUUUGUUUGAUCAAAUGUGUAGUCCGUACUCCGUAGCUGUUUUUGGGGCGCCAGACCAAGGCUGAAAGGUAGAAAUUGUUGCUGCAUAUAUCACUUCUCCUCUGGACAAUUUCUCACUGAUCAUUACAGUAGCUGUUUGGCAGUUCAUAGUUCAUACAUGCCAAAUGCCAAAGUAUAUCUUCAGCGUUGCUCCAACAGAUCUUUCCUUUUCUUACCAAAUUUCGUUACAGUCACUGAUGCGCACGCUGUUGGCGCAUGAUGAAGCAAUGUGCUAUUGCUUUGUUACAGAAAUUAACAGUGUCGCGUGCAAUUGUGUACACCCAGGUUCAAAUCCCAGACUAGACGCUUGCGGUGACUUCGCCAAUCUCUCAAGAUCUGCCAGCUCCACCUUUCGAAUGUGCUCGUAGGGGUAGGGUGUGCGUGUGUGCGUUCAUAGGGAUGUGUGUUCCUAAAAAAAUUGUGUCGUAAACACAUCUACUCUGUCCACAAAUAUGUGUACGUUUGAGUUUAAAAUUUGUCAAAAAAAAAGUAUAUUUCUCUCUUUCCCAAAACAUUUUAGAUUAAGAAAAAAUGCUUCUCUCA